AUGAUCAAAGUCGCGGUCGUCGGCACCAAUGGGUUGGCGCAGUACAUUGCCAACAGUAUAGCGACGCAAACCUCCCAUCAGUUUAUCAUCCUGUCUCGAAGGCCUAGUCCAGGUCUGACAGCAAGAGGAUGGCAGGUGCUUCAAGUCGACUACUCCAAUCCUUCAGACCUCAAGUUCAAACUAGCCGGCGUCGACACAGUCAUCUCUACCGUCAGCGGCAAUGCCCAACUUGCUCUGAUUGACGCGGCAGCAGCAGCACACGUCCGUCGCUUUGUCCCCUCCGAGUUUGGGGGACCUCCUUCUCUGAGGCCACAAAACGAUCUUCUCGACAACAGUCGCCGCGCAGCCAUUCUUCGGCUCCAUCAACAUGAACCUUCGGGCAUGCGCUUUACCGUCUUUACGUGCGGCGUCCUCUACGAGAGGUUCGCACCUGGCGGGAUGGCGGCCUCACAAAUCGGGCUGCGAAGUAACAUCGGGCAGGAGGGAGACUAUCUGAUGGACUUCCGCCGAAGACGGGCACAGGUCCCUUACCUCAACAGCGCCGGGCAGCCUGCGACAAUUUGCAUGACUUCGGCUGCUGAUGUUGCAAGGUUUGUGGUCGCAGCCCUGGACCUGCCUUCAUGGCCGAGGGAAUUCCGCCUGCGCGGUGAGCGACUCAGCGUACGAGACGUAGUUGCCAUAGCUGAAGAGAUCCAAGGCCGGCCAUUUGAGGUCUCGGGCCACACCAGGAGUUCGCUACAAGACGCAUUGACCUAUGCCCGAGCCGUAGGAGACCAAGCGCGAGAGACUCGAGUUCAUCAUUUGAUUGCCACCGCUGAAGGCCGCUAUGACUUUGUUAACACCAAUCUCAACCAGCUUGUGGCAGUCCAUCCGGAGAGCUUCCGCGACUGGCUCUUGCGUGUAUGGUCGUCUGCCACUUAA